AUGAGUAUCUCAGCUCUUGGAGGCAGCACCAAAGGGAAACCACUACUACCAGGUGAAGAGGAACGCAAUAAUGUCCUCAAGCAGAUGAAGGUUCGGACCACGCUGAAGGGGGACAAGAGCUGGAUCACCAAGCAGGAUGAAUCAGAGGGCCACACCCUAGAGCUGCCUCCUGGUCGGAGUCGAGCCACAUCCUUUUCAUCAGCUGGGGAAGUCCCGAAGACCAGGCCUCCUAGCACAAGGGCUCCCACUGGCUAUAUCAUCCGGGGAGUGUUCACCAAGCCCAUAGACAGCUCGUGUCAGCCACAGCGGCAGUUCCCCAAGGCCAAUGGAGAUCCAAAAAGUGCUGCUGGUCUGCUGAGAGCAGCUCCCAGUGGGCUUCCUCGGCCCUCCUCCUCCGGCUAUAAGAUGACCACUGAGGAUUACAAGAAGCUGGCACCCUACAAUGUCAGACGCAGCUCAGCAUCAGGGGAUGCUGAAGAGGAGGAGGUUCUCUUCUCAUCUGAUGAGCAGAAACGGAGGUCAGAGGCUGCAAGCAGUGUGGUGAGGAAGACAGCCUCCCGGGAGCACUCCUACGUUCUGUCAGCAGCCAAGAAGAGCACCAGCAGCCCUGCCCAGGAGAUGCAGGCUCCGUUCAUUGCAAAGAGGGUUGAGGUGGUGGAUGAGGACAGGCCUUCUGAGAAGAGCCAGGACCCACCUGCUCUAGGAAGAUCCUCUCCUGGCUCGAGCAGUGUGGAUGGAGACAGAGCCAAAGUGUCUCAGGGGAUUUGGAUUGAGCACAUGCUGACUCUGCCCAGCCCUGCCAGGAGCUGGGAGCCCAGUACAAGAGGUGAGGAAGUUGUCCACCUGCAGAUCACGACACCUGGGGCAGGACUCCGCCUGAUGACCCCAGACCUGGAAGGAAUGAGGUCUUCCCUGGGCUCCAAAUACAAGGAGGACCCCAGCCCUAGAGAGGCCAAGGAAGACUUGGCUGGUGAGGAGGCCUGCAAGGGCCCCAAUCUAGACCUAAGGUCAAGUGCACAGUCAAGUGAUGGCAAUGUGGGAUCCAGAGCCAUGGGCUUCCCACCUGAAGGCUUGAUUGAAGCAGACAUUGACUCUGGGAGAGGAGGCUCCAGCUCCACUUUGGCCUCUGCUGGACCAGCUGACCAGAAGAGUGACAGUCCAGCAGACCUGGAGGACAAGGAUGCACACUCGAAGGGCACCUUGGCUGAUUCUGAAGACAAGAAUGUGGCUGCCAAGGUGGGAGAGACCUGGCAGGAAAGGCCUGCAGUCCUGAGAGGUGGCCAUGGGGACCCAGCUGCACCCUCCCAGCAGUCUGCAGCCCCCAGGACCCCAGAGCAGCAGAGCAUCCCCAGAAGACCAGAGCAGCUUGUGGAACUGGACAGCCAGGCCAGCAGCACCUUGGCUGAUUCUGAAGACAAGAAUGUGCCUGCCAAAGUGGGAGAGACCUGGCAGGAGAGGCCUGCAGUCCUGAGAGGUGGCCACGGGGACCCAGCUGCACCCUUCCAGCAGCCUGCAGCCCCCAGAACCCCAGAGCAGCAGAGCAGCCCCAUAAGACCAGAGCAGCUUGUGGAACUGGGAAGCCACACCAGCAGGGUGAAAAACCCCUCGAGCUGUAUGGUCACUGUUACCGUUACUCCUUCUACUGAGCAGCCUCAUGUUUACAUCCCAGCCUCCCCAAGUGAAUUGGACUCCAUUUCAACCAGCAAAGGGAUUCUCUUCAUGAAGGAAUACAUGAAUGCUAGUGAGGUAUCCUCUGGGAAGCCAGUGUCUUCAUGCUAUGACAGCAUUAGAAGCAUUGAAGACUCAUGUGAUGUGGAGAAGAAACCUGCAUGUGACAGCUCUCUGUACUCCGAAAGAACAACUGGAGGGAUCUGUACUUACUGCAACCAGGAGAUCAGAGACUGCCCAAAGAUUACCCUAGAGCAUCUUGGCAUCUGCUGCCAUGAUUAUUGCUUUAAGUGUGGGAUUUGCAGUAAACCAAUGGGUGAGCUCCUGGAUCAGAUCUUCAUUCACCAUGACACCAUCCACUGUGGGAAAUGCUAUGAGAAGCUCUUCUAGCUCUUCCAGGCUGAGAAGAAGUUGAUGACUCCUGGAC